GCGAGGGGGCGGCGGAUGGCUCUGCGGGGCCCAGCGGGCCUGGGGCCCGGCUCUCGAAAGCCGUCGGACGAGGCGGUGGCGGCUGCCGAGGGACGCGAGGCGCCGGCCCUUGUGGCUCCGAGAGCCUCGCCGGAGGACGAUGAAGAGGACGAUGGCCGCGGCCGGGGCCUGCUGCGCUGGGACGGCUUUUCGGCCUGGCUGCACUGCGUGUGUGUGGUGGGCUUCGACCUGGAGCUGGGCCAGGCCGUGGAGGUAAUUUAUCCUCAACAUUCCAAACUUACUGACAAAGAAAAAACCAAUAUUUGCUAUUUGUCUUUUCCAGAUUCAAAUUCAGGUUGUCUUGGAGAUACCCAGUUUUGUUUUAGAUUUCGACAGUCUUCUGGGAGGAGGGUAUCACUGCAUUGUCUCCUGGAUCAAUUUGACAAAGAUUUACCAGUUUACUUAAAGAAGGAUCCUGCUUAUUUCUACGGAUAUGUGUAUUUCCGACAAGUUCGAGAUAAAACUCUAAAAAGAGGUUACUUUCAGAAGUCAUUGGUUUUGAUCAGCAAGCUACCUUAUAUUCAUUUUUUUCACACUGUGCUCAAACAGAUAGCACCAGAGUAUUUUGAAAAGAGUGAACCUUAUUUGGAAGCAGCUUGUAAUGAUGUUGAUCGAUGGCCUGCCCCAGUGCCAGGGAAAACAUUACAACUGCCUAUCAUGGGGGUGGUAAUGAAGGUACGGAUUCCCACAUGUCAUGACAAGCCUGGGACAACACAAAUAGUGCAGUUAACUCAGCAGGCAGACACACUUAUAUCUGUUAUUUUACCUACUGUUCAUGAGGUGGAUCUUUUCAGGUGUUUCUGCCCAGUUUUCCUUCAUAGUCAGAUGCUCUGGGAACUGGUGCUAUUGGGGGAGCCCCUUGUGGUCAUGGCACCGUCACCAUCGGAGUCUUCAGAGACUGUGUUGGCACUUGUUAACUGUAUUUCUCCGUUAAAGUACUUCAGUGAUUUCCGACCUUAUUUCACUAUUCAUGAUAGUGAAUUCAAAGAAUAUACUACCCGUACUCAAGCUCCGCCUUCAGUCAUAUUAGGAGUAACCAAUCCUUUUUUUGCUAAAACCCUCCAGCACUGGCCACACAUUAUUCGAAUAGGAGACCUUAAACCUGCAGGUGAAAUUCCUAAGCAGGUGAAAGUGAAAAAAUUGAAGAACCUAAAGACUCUGGAUUCUAAACCUGGAGUUUAUACCUCUUAUAAGCCAUAUCUAAAUAGAGAUGAAGAGAUCAUAAAACAAUUACAGAAGGAAAGAUAUGUGGCAAGUUUGAUGCCUUUGCAGAAAAGUAUUUCUCCAUGGAAGAGUCCACCCCAAUUAAGACAGUUUCUUCCAGAAGAAUUUAUGAAAACACUUGAGAAAACAGGACCUCAACUAACCUCUAGAAUAAAAGGCGAUUGGAUUGGACUCUACCGGCAUUUCCUAAAGUCUCCAAAUUUUGAUGGCUGGUUUAAGGCCCGGCGGAAGGAAAUGACCCAAAAAUUGGAGGCACUUCAUCUAGAAGCUCUUUGUGAAGAGGACUUACUUCUCUGGAUCCAGAAACACACAGAAGUAGAAACAGUAGACCUUGUAUUGAAGCUGAAAAAUAAGCUGUUGCAGGCUGAUCGAGAGUGUUUACCUGUGAAACCUGACACUGUGGAAAAGUUACGGACACAUAUAGAUGCAAUUAUCUUAGCAUUGCCAGAAGAUCUGCAAGGCAUACUACUCAAAACGGGCAUGACAUGAUAUUUGCCAGAACUUUCCCAUCCAGAAAGGAUUGUGCACCAUGAAGCAUGACAUUUCAACCAGACGCACAAAAAGGCGGUCUCUCAGUGGCAGAAGAGUGGAAAAUAGCUGUGAAUGCUAGAUACAGGGUGGAAAGACUGUAUUGUAUAAACAGACCUUUUUAGUGCAUUAUUUUUAAAAAUGGAUAUCUGUGGUGGUUCCACUUUAGUACUGAAACACCGAAAGGCAUUUCUAUAUUUUUAAUCAUGUUCUAAAGUGCUCUUAUGAGAGACCUGUGGGGCCAUCAGUAUUAGUGAUUCCAUACUGCAGUGCUGGCAUUGCAGAUAUUUUUUUAAAUUGGUGCUGUUUUGCCCAAUCAUGUUAAAACUCAGGGGGAUAUAAAAAUAACAUUCACACUGGCUGUCUUCUUAAGAAGGAAAAGACUGAACUGUCCAACUAUAGUUAGAAAUAAUUGAUGCUUAUGUAGUGCCUUCUGUUGUCCUACAUGUUUCACGAAGUCCAGCUGCUAGUCUUAAAGCUUUUUCUUGGCUUGAUUAUGAUACGUAGUUUUAUAAGGCAUUCUGUCAAGUGAUCAUUGCUUAAAAAUGCUUCUUGCUAUCCAUCAUGUUUAUUAGUAGGCAUGGUGGGGUUUUUCUCAAUUGUCAUGUAGGUUUUCGUUUCACUAUUUUCCUUUUUUUAAAAUGUGUAUAUUUAAUAUAUACAUGAGAGACACCCUGGGAAUGAAUGG